GGCCGCUACCGCAUCUGCCGGUGCAAAAUCGAUUGGGUCAAUUCUUCGAUAGUCAUUCAAGACGGAUUCACAGAGCACAAGUUUCAUCGCGAACUCUACAACACCAAGCAUGGCAUGAAAGCGGAGGGGCAAGUUCGAUGAGAUCCCCGUCUACAAAUACCUACACAAUACGCCUCGGCUGGUCUCCCUACCAAGCCACACGUGGACGGUGGACGGGCCAUGGGGUUGGCCGCCGUUUCCACUCGAGAUCGCCGGAAUUCAAGGGGGGUCCCAUCUAUGAUGAUUGAUCUGGGUCGAGCCAUGUACUGGACUGUUGGGCACAAGCCACUCGGCAUCAGCCCUGAGAAAGCUUACUUGUCGCGGCUCGAGUGUUCUCGCAUGUAUCCGUGCUACCCAGCCACUCAACGUUGUGCACUGCGAUUUGUCACUAAUCGGCUUCUCUUUUCAACUUGUCUCCCCUCUAUCUCCCUAGACUGCACGAUAUGCCUUACUUUGCGUGCUUUACCUCGCUUUUCCAAGUGGACCAGCGAGGAUUCUACAACGAUACAAGAUAGAGAUCGGACGGCCCGUCCCACGUAUCGAGUAGCGUACGAUGGCUCUAGUAGUUCGGCAACGACUCCUCAGAGAAACAAAUUGCCAGCGCGCUUCUGCUGGUUGCCAAGACCCUGGGCAGGGUGUUUCGCAGCAUGCCUAGCUCAACAUGCCUAGCUCUCCGAAGCAUCCCUUUCUGAUAUGCUGAACCGGCGCUUCUGCAGGCUGACAAGUCGGUUGUUGAAUGCAACGCCAAAUCUGUACCUAUGGCCGUCGCACAAGUGUUAUCUGAUAUUGCCAGCCACUGGAAGAGAAGUGACCAGUUGCAGCUUUUUCCAUCCCAAGACAUGGCGUAUUAGAAGGCACAAUGCCACCCACCAGGACCGUCUUAUCGUCUGCCUCUUCGG